CAGCCAUUAUUCGGCAACCCGUCAACCGACACGGCACAAUUGAGCGAAACGAAUAUUGGAGCGGUGCCUUUCACGAAUUUUCCGUCUUUCACACCGAAUACGUUCGCAGCAAUGGGGCAACCUCAAACUCCAGAAUACGGUAUCUUCAAGUCAAUGUUUACCGUACCACCCAACAACUCUCCUAGCCAAUCGCCAGCGACCUUCGACGGUUCACAUGCAUACAGUAACAGCUUUAUGCCGCAGCCAGAUUCGUCACCGUGCAUGAAUUCUGGAUGUUAUACACUCCCAUCAGGGGUAAUUUUCUUUUUGGGAAUUUUUUCGAUAAAUUUCCAUGGAUUAAGAUGGAAAUCUAUUCGUAAGUUGAAAAAUUUCACUCAUUUUGACCAGAUUCUUCCGAUCAAAUACUAUUCAAAUGGUGAUCAAUUGUCAUUUAGCGAUCAGUCUCGUUGA